AGUCGCCAAAACUUUCCCCGACCAAACUCACCAUCUUCUUCUGUCUUUGAGUCUCCUUCCAAUCAAAAACCCCAGAGCCAACUCUCCAACUGUAACAGACACGCACUGACACACACACACACAAACACAAACACAAACCCCCCCAGGGUUUAGGGUUUAACCUGACCACCCCCCUCAACCCACCACCAUGGCUCGCUUCCCUAGACCCCACACACCACGCCUUCUCUACACUCUCUACUCCACCAAAACGACGACGGCCCACUCCUCGUCCCCAACGGCAGCGCUUCUCAGCCACAACCUCAACCUCCAACUCCGCCGAUUCUCGUCGGGGAACUUGGCACGCGCCGCGAAGGAAGGUGAGGAGCCCUGGUGGAAGGACUCGAUGAAUCGGCUCCGCAACAUCGGGAUCUCGGCGCACAUCGACUCCGGCAAGACCACGCUCACCGAGCGCGUCCUCUACUACACGGGUCGCAUCCACGAGAUCCACGAGGUCAGAGGGAGAGAUGGGGUCGGUGCGAAAAUGGACUCCAUGGAUUUGGAGAGGGAGAAGGGGAUCACUAUCCAGUCCGCCGCCACUUACUGUACUUGGAAUGACUAUCAGAUUAACAUUAUUGACACCCCUGGUCACGUUGAUUUCACCAUUGAGGUUGAGAGGGCUUUGCGUGUUCUUGAUGGUGCCAUUCUUGUCCUUUGUAGUGUUGGUGGUGUGCAAAGUCAGUCAAUUACUGUUGAUCGGCAAAUGAGAAGAUAUGAGGUUCCAAGACUUGCAUUUAUUAACAAGCUUGAUCGAAUGGGAGCAGAUCCAUGGAAAGUUCUGAACCAGGCACGGUCUAAGCUCCGGCAUCACAGUGCUGCCAUGCAAGUUCCAAUUGGGUUGGAGGAUGAUUUUAAGGGUCUUGUUGACCUUGUGCAACAAAAAGCAUAUUAUUUUCAUGGUUCCAGUGGUGAAAACGUGGUUACUGAAGAAAUACCUGCCAAUAUGGAGGCUUUAGUUGCAGAAAAGAGACGUGAACUAAUAGAGACUGUUUCUGAAGUUGAUGAUAAACUUGCUGAAGCAUUUCUUAAUGAUGAGCCUAUAUCAUCUACUGAACUUGAGGAGGCGGUUCGUAGAGCAACUAUAUCACGGAAAUUUGUACCUGUAUUCAUGGGUAGUGCAUUUAAAAACAAGGGAGUACAACCACUUCUGAAUAGUGUACUUAGCUAUUUGCCUUGUCCAGUUGAAGUUAGUAACUAUGCUCUUGACCAAACUAAUAAUGAAGAGAAGGUUACAUUGUCUGGAACUCCUGAUGGACCUCUUGUGGCGUUAGCUUUUAAAUUGGAGGAAGGGCGCUUUGGUCAGUUGACAUAUCUAAGAAUCUACGAGGGUGUUAUUCGGAAGGGUGAUUUUAUACAUAACAUAAACACAGGAAAGAAGAUUAAGGUUCCUCGCUUGGUUCGGAUGCAUUCUGAUGAGAUGGAGGAUAUUCAAGAGGCGCAUGCUGGGCAAAUAGUUGCUGUAUUUGGUGUAGAGUGUGCAUCAGGAGAUACAUUUACUGAUGGGUCAGUUAAGUACACCAUGACCUCUAUGAAUGUCCCUGAGCCAGUGAUGUCUUUAGCUGUUCAACCAGUUUCAAAAGAUUCAGGAGGACAGUUUUCGAAGGCUUUGAAUCGUUUCCAGAGAGAAGAUCCUACUUUCCGAGUUGGGUUGGAUGCUGAGAGUGGGCAGACAAUUAUUUCUGGGAUGGGAGAGCUGCAUUUGGACAUAUAUGUUGAGCGGAUUAAAAGAGAGUAUAAGGUUGAUGCAACUGUUGGUAAGCCACGUGUAAAUUUCAGAGAAACUGUUACUCAACGUGCUGAAUUUGAUUAUUUACAUAAGAAGCAAACUGGUGGACAAGGUCAAUAUGGACGUGUUUGUGGAUACAUUGAGCCACUUCCUCCGGGGUCAUCAACUAAGUUUGAAUUUGAUAACAUGAUUGUUGGACAAGCUAUACCAUCAAACUUCAUUCCAGCAAUUGAGAAAGGUUUUAAAGAAGCAGCGAAUUCGGGUUCAUUAAUUGGACAUCCAGUCGAACAUCUUCGUGUUGUUUUAACAGAUGGUGCUUCCCAUGCCGUGGAUUCCAGUGAACUUGCAUUCAAGUUAGCUUCAAUAUAUGCAUUUAGACAGUGCUAUGUGGCUGCUAGACCAGUAAUCUUGGAGCCUAUCAUGUUGGUGGAAUUGAAAGUUCCUACAGAAUUUCAGGGCACUGUUGCUGGUGAUAUUAACAAGAGAAAAGGUGUCAUCAUCGGAAAUGACCAGGAUGGAGAUGACUCUGUCAUUGCUGCCAACGUUCCUCUGAACAAUAUGUUUGGGUAUUCAACGGCGCUUAGGUCAAUGACACAGGGAAAAGGGGAAUUUACGAUGGAGUACAAAGAGCAUUCGGCAGUUUCUCAUGAUGUGCAGACGCAAUUAGUAAACGCUCACAAGGGCACAAAGGCAACCGACUAGAUGGGGGUUUCAAUUGAAGCAUUUCCCCCCUAUAUUCAUUGGUAGUGUAAAAUUUGUCUUGUCAUAGUGAUUUUUUUCUCUUUCAAAUAUAGAAGCUUAUUGGGAUAAUUAUUUAGGCGAUAAGUUUGAUCAUGUGGCGAUCAACGAAUUUUGAAAAGCAGAAAUAAAUUUAAGCUCCCCCCAUUUUUGGUUUAGCUGGAUGUAUAAAACUACUGUACUUUCCAGUCAUACAAGCAUGUAUCUGUAUCAUAAUAGCUGAAAGUGUUUCUCUUCAUAGAGAGACAUAAUGUUCCUUGAAAUAUUGGAUUUGUAUAUUGGGAAAGCAUCUAUAGUGAAGCUGCUUCUAUUUGUCUUUA